CAAAGAGAUCGUUCGUUGCCUCUAGGUUCGGAUGGGGAUGAGUAAGAGAUACUUACAGAAGGCAACAAAAGGGAAGCUGCUGAUAAUAAUUUUUAUAGUGACCUUGUGGGGAAAAGCUGUUUCCAGCACAAACCAUCACAAAGCUCACCAUGUUAAAACGGGAACUUGCGAGGUGGUGGCCCUACACAGAUGCUGUAAUAAGAACAAGAUAGAAGAACGGUCCCAAACGGUCAAGUGCUCCUGCUUCCCCGGGCAGGUGGCAGGCACCACGAGGGCUGCUCCAUCUUGCGUGGAUGCAUCCAUAGUGGAACAAAAAUGGUGGUGUCACAUGAAGCCGUGUCUGGAGGGAGAGGAGUGUAAAGUCCUCCCUGAUCGGAAAGGAUGGAGCUGCUCCUCUGGAAAUAAAGUGAAAACAACUCGGCAGCAAGAAGCAGAAUUGCGAGUCCACACGGUGAGGAUGCGCUUAUGUUCGCCACACUGCAUUCCAGAGUGGCAGUCCUAUUUUGCUUCCCCAACAGCAGUCAAUGCAAACUUCAUGGUUCUACCCAUCCUUGCCAGCUUGGUGCUAGCGUUCUGGAUUCUGGUCAUCCUGAGAAAGGCGAACACUGGACGCUUUUAG